AUGACGAACGAACAAAGCCUUCUAGUGACCAGUCACUCGUCAACGGGCGAGAGGGACGACGUAAUUUCCCCUCCCAAUUCUAAUGGGAAUACGUCUCAACCAGAACCCAAUGGCUCUGCACUGGAGACUCGCUCAGUUCUGAGACGACUCUAUGUGUCUCACAGUCUUUCGGCAUGGAAUUCGCGGAUGUUUGAGUUCGGCGCAGUCCUCUUUCUGGCUUCUAUCUUUCCCGGAACUUUGCUUUAUGCCUCGAUCUACGCCCUCGUUAGAUCGCUUGCUGCUGUUGCGCUUUCAUCGUGGCUAGGUGCAAAAGUUGACAGUGCCGACCGGUUGGUUGCUCUGAGACAUUCGAUUGUCUGGCAAAGGGUUCCUGUGGCGGUGUCUUGUUUUUGCUUCAUAGUGCUCUUCAAAAUUGCUGGAUCUCGGGGGUUUUCCUCGACUUUAUUUGUCUUUGUUAGCUUCUUGGCCUGUGUUGAGAAGUUAGCGGCGGCCGCCAAUACAAUGGCUGUCGAACGAGAUUGGGCUAUUGUUAUAUCAGAAAGCAUCGAUGUUCCCCGACAGGACUUGAAUGCUUCAAUGAGACGAAUCGACCUUUUCUGUAAAUUAGCCGCUCCUGUUUUUAUUUCCCUCGUUCACAGUUUUUCGGCCCGAGUGGCUAUCUGGACAGUCCUUGGACUGAACACGGCUUCCGUAUUGGUCGAAUAUAUGGCCAUCGCUCAGGUAUACCGAGCAGUUCCCAACCUGAAAAGGAGCUCUGCAGCUAUUCUGCAAACCGAGGCUUUGGACGAAUUCACAACACAAACCCAACCUCACUCGCCACGCAGUCUCAUGAGCCGGCUGUCAGAUACCUUAGCACCAUGGCAAGAAUUCGGGACAAGCCGGGUAUUUAUGGCCUCAUUUGCCUUGAGUCUCCUAUAUCUGACGGUUCUGUCAUUCGGAGCUACAAUGGUCACCUACCUGCUCCAUAGUGGAUUUACCCCACUGGAGGUUAGCUACAUGCGCAUUGGUUCAGUUGCAGCGGAGCUGUCUGGAACAUGGAUUGCGCCCAUUAUCAUGAGUCGCAUUGGCCCAAUCCGAUCUGGACUCUGGUUCCUGAAUUGGCAGUUUUGUUGCGUGGCUGGUGCCGCUGCAGCAUAUGUACCUUGGGAUUCGAAUUCCCGAUUAGUUGCAGGGUGUCUCGUUAUUGGAGUCGCCUUUAGUCGGAUAGGGCUCUGGGGAUUCGACCUAUCUGUCCAGUUCCUCGUGCAAGAGAAUGUCGAAGAGCAUGCCCGAGCACGGUUCUCGGCCACCGAGAUGGCCUUGCAGAACAUCUUUGAGAUGUUGUCUUUCGCGUCUACUAUUGUGUUUUCUCGUCCCGAGCAAUUUCAAUACCCAGUUAUGAUCAGUUCGGGAGCAGUCGCAGUAGCAGCGAUCUGCUUUGCAGCGUAUGUGCGCAAGGAGCGAGGGCAUUUGCUGCAUCGAUCCAAGUGUAUAGGAGGGGACAAGGUGCAUUACCGGCCGGUGGAAUCGGCAGCAUAG